GCCGGCGCAACUUGCCCCGGCGCCUCGGUGAGAGGAGCGCAGCGCGGAGAGAGCUUGCGGGACGAGAUGCCUCCGGCCGGCGGCCCCCGCACACCGCGCCCGCACGCGCUGCCCCGCAGCCUGUCCCGCCUGCGCGAGUGCCCGGGUCGUUCCCGCAUCGUGCUGGCUCUCGGGGCCACGCAGAUGGCGCUCGGAUGCCUCAUCGUGGCCGUGAGCUUCGCGGCGCUGGCUCUCACCACCUCCGCCCGCGUGCGCCACUCCUGCCCUUUCUGGGCCGGCUUCUCGGUGCUGCUGUCUGGACUCAUUGGUGUUGUCUCCUGGAAGAGGCCUCUCUCGCUUGUGAUUACCUUCUUCAUGCUGCUCUCUGCAGUGUGUGUGAUGCUCAACCUGGCCGGCUCCAUCCUCUCCUGCCAGAACGCCCAGCUCGUCAGCUCCCUCGAAGGCUGCCAAUUGAUCAAGUUCGACAGCGUGGAGGUAUGUGUAUGCUGUGAGCUGCAACACCACUCAUCUGGAUGCAGCAACCUCGGGGAGACACUGAAGCUGAACCCGCUGCAGGAAAACUGUAACGCUGUGCGGCUGACCUUGAAGGAUCUCCUCUUCAGCGUCUGUGCCCUCAAUGUCCUCUCCACCAUUGUGUGUGCCUUGGCCACAGCCAUGUGCUGCAUGCAGAUGGUCUCUGCUGAUGUCCUGCAGAUGUUCUUCCCACAUAGGUCUCACUCCGCCAACGCUGCCUGUGUGACUCCCCACGGCACCAUUCUCCACCAGACUCUGGACUUUGAUGAGUUUAUCGCCCCCCUCCCGCCUCCGCCCUACUACCCUCCAGAGUACACCUGUACACCCACAGCGGAGGCCCACAGGGGUCUCCACCUGGACUUCGCCUCCUCGCCAUUCAGCACUUUGUAUGAUGUUGCCAUCAACAGCCCUGGCAUGCUGUACCCCGCCGAGCUGCCCCCACCAUAUGAAGCUGUGGUGGGUCAGACUCCUGCCAGCCAGGUUGCAAGUGUCGAUCACCAGGUGGUUGACUCCAGUUCCGGGGACCCAAACACUGCUGUAGACUUCAGCACUCCAGUGCCUGCCAGUAGCACGAGUCUCCCAACCUCAGAGGGUGCCACCUCACUGGGCCCAAGCCACCCAUCCCCUGAUGGCACUUUAGACACCCCAAUGCCCCUUCUACCUGCUCCAGUCCCUCACCACAUGUCUCCAGAGGCAGCAAUCUUGAGCACACAGGCACAACCAAGCCCCGGGCGUGUGGCCCGCUCAGCCAGCGACCCCACCUCCUGCACAUCCAGUGAAGCAGUCUCCACAUCACGGCCAGCCAUGGCUGCCUGUCGACACCAGCACUCAUCCAAUGGUGACACAGAUAACUGGAAAACGGGCCAAGGGACCAAGCCAGAGGCCUUACAGACCGUCUCCAAAGAGCGGCCACACUCUUUAGUGGAGAGCAAGGCCUAUGCAGACACCAGGGUUCUGGUGGCUAAGUUUUUGGAACACGCACACUGCAGCCUCCCUACAGAGGUGCGACAUGUGGUGGGCACCAUCCGAUCAACGGCCACCUCGGAGGAGCCCAGGGUGGAGGAGGCCAUCUUUGGUGCUGGUGUGCUGGACCAGCUAUGAAGCUGCUAUGGGCCUGGAUGUGGACACUGAUAAGCCUGCAAAGUCUGGUCCUGCAAGAUGCCACCGUGCUUGGUAGAGAAAGGCCUUAGGCCUGCUGGGCUGAGAACAUCCAGGACAUCCAGGAGGCUCGCUGGUGGCUUGGGCAAGGAACUGUUACUCUUUCUCCCAUCAGUUGUCUUCCUGGGGACUGUUUGUUGCCUGUCCCACUAACUCAGAGCUGUUUCUCUCCUGCCCUUAGUGAGCUCUGGUUGCUUCAGGGGUAUAGCACCUCUUGAACUGAAGAAUGUGAUGAGAAUACCAAUCCUGGGACAGGGGACACUUGUGGAACAUAAAGACACUGCAUCUGUCCCAAGUCAAGGCCUUUAACACUCGAUGCUCCUCUGUGCCUGGUUUGGUUCAGUGUUAAGAGAGUAGCAGCGGCAAUGGCGUGGUGUGGCUGAUAUCACUCUGCAAUGAAACCUUGAUCAGAUUCCCGCCCAUUACUUCCUCUCGAAGGCAAUAUAGGUCAUGCUGGCACAGCCUGGGACCAUCUUCUCACCCACCAGGCUAUCAUGCAAAUAAAUCCACAAUGAAAGUUUUCCUACAUACUCUUGGGAAGCAAGCACGUGUCACAAGGGCUUGAAACGCCCACCUCCUUGUAUGUACUGGGCCUCCCCAUUAUGUGGGCUGCUAUCCCCACCUCCUCCCUAGGUCCCUCCCCCACAGUCCCCCAUCCUUGAACCACAGCAAAUACUUGUUACUUGUGUUUUAACAGUAAUCUCCCUUCUCUUCCCCUCGUAUCUGACCUCACAUAAUUGUGCUGAGUGGGUCACGGUCUGGGCUAGGAAGCUACUGUCUGCUAUCCGUGCACCUCCGGCUUAGGCGAGCCUCUCUCAUGACCCAGAGUUGCCUCUUCUCAACUCAGGUGGCAACAGGCACGCUUGUGUUGAAGGAGACAAAUGGCCAAUGUCUUAUUUCUGGGAGAAUGCCAAUGGUGGACAUCCAGAAGCAAGGCAAACCCAGCUUAGGCACAGCCAGGUGGCUUGGGGCAAAAUGGCCAUCCAAGACAUUCUUGGCUGUUUCAGACCGCAUUUUCUGGCAAGAUCAGCAGCAACCACUUCUCAGCAAUGGGUCUGGAGCAGCACUGCUUGAAAGCACUUCCUGCAAAAGCCAGAAACGCCCACAUCCGCUUCCCCCACAGCAGCAGGUAUAAUCAAGGGCAAUCACUGCACCUACUAUGCUGAAGACCUCUGUGUGUUUGGAAGUUGUGGGACUUCAGCUCACACAUGGCCUCGGAAAACCCCUAGCAGCGAUCAGUUAGUUCUCCACGCCCCAAUGGCUUUACCAUUGCCAUCAGCUGUUGCCUUCCUGAGGUUAGCAAGCUGGAAAAUAUAAAUCGGGCAUUUGACAGUAACCGUGCCUUUUCCACAGGAGACAUAAUAGAGAUGAAUAUUUGAGCACUUUAUUCAGACUAUAAAAUUCUCUAAUUUUCCCUCAACUGAGGACUUUGAACAUCCUCCCUCUCCCCCCC